AUGGCUCAUAUCAAUCACAACAUUCGUAUACCACAUACUAAUGGUUCAUCACAAGAUGCUCAAGGUCAUUGGUGGGAAAUGUUAUCACGAACACAAAUACUUAUUCAGCAACAAGAAAAUCUGAAUAAUCAUAACAAUAAGGAGCAACAACAAACGAAAAAGAAGAAACGUCGUGGUAAUCGAAAAGCACAGCGUUUAAGAAGAAGCGAACGUCGCCAAGUACAAAAACAGAGUAACAAUAAAAAUCAUAUGGCAGAGAGUGUCAUUAUUGUAGUCGAUGAUAAUGACGACAAUGUAGAAGGAGAACAACAAACACAAAUUCAAACGUAUUCAUUAAAUAAACACCUUGAAACAAGAUCAGAAAAUAAACGUAAACGUCAAGAACUAAAUCAAGAUAAUAUAGACGUGAGUCGAUCAUUCAGUCAAUUAUCAAUAUCACAAGGAAACAAGCCAAAACGGAAUAAGAGAACAACAACAACAACAACUGAUGAAACAAAUAAUCAACUAGUAAAAGUAGUCAAUGGUCAAAACCAAAAAGAAAAUGAUAAUGAAUUAUUACCUAUGAAUUCUAUACAGAGAUUUAAACCAAGUUAUUUAAAAAUAUCCGAUCAAGGAUUCAAACAAAUGUUAUCGAAUGGAAUAGAUAAUGGUGAUGAAAUUAUUCAAUGCUUAAAUACUGAUGAAAAACUUCAAUGUGUUCGUCAAAUGACAGAAAAAACAAAUACUAUAUAUUAUCUCGAUUUGCAACGUCAACUCUGGCGAGACUAUUACGACCAUGGCAUGAGAGAAAAUCAAUGGGCACCACGAGUAUCAAAAUCCUUUGCUAAACAACAUUAUACUUGUCGUACUUAUGGUUUCGCCAAACAUCAAGUUGAAAAACAUCUACAAACAAUUACAAGACAGUUUCACGAUAGAUUAAUUGAAUUGCAACAAUCUAUAACACAGUUAGAAAACAAUGUUCAACAAUGGCAACCAUACAUUGAUCCGGCUAUUUUAUGCAAUGCUAUCAACACAUGUGUUCAAAGUGCUCAACAACGUUUAAGACAACAAGUUGAUUAUAAAAGAAAAAUGUUUACAUUAGAUUCAAAUGAUCGUAAUUUAAUUACCAAAUUCUAUGACUUCAAGCCAAAUGACGAACAGGUACAAUUGGCGAAACAAAUAUGGCAGACAACAGCGAAUAUAUUAAAAACACAAGAACAAGAAGAAAUCCUUCGUAAACGAAUUUUCUUACGACGAUUACCAAGUGCCUAUGAUAAAAUAAUUAACCAAUCUCUCGAUUAUGUGAAACCAAUGCUUUCAAACAAAGUUCUCGAUAAAGAUCGACGGGCUAGUUUAGUAUCCAAUUAUUCGAAAACAAUUACUCAAUAUAAAUUUGAUUUCAUGACUUUAACUCUGGAUACUAUUCAAAACGUAAUACGUGGUCAUCAACAACAACUUGUCAAACUACAGAAUAAAUUGCCACAAUGUUGCAAUCAAAUGCUAAUUGAAGCAAUGGAAAAUCGUCGACAAGCAAUGGAAAAACGUCAUGAACUCUAUCUUAAACAUAAAUUACAUUCUUUUUUCGACGAAGCUCCGACGGCGGUAUCAAACGAAUGA